GUUGCUUUCAAGCUAUCGCGGCCAGAAAAUUAUUAGCUGCUCCUUGCGGACAUAAAUAUUGUCCACUGUGCCUCCGCCGAAUGGCAUCAACGACCCUGGAGAACCCAGAACAAUUCCCGGCAAAAUGCUGCAUGAAAGAAAUACCGCUUGAAAUGAUUAUAUCAGUGAUGAGUUCCCGGAACCAAAAACGGUACAUUGCCCAGUCGCAAGAGCAGGCUAUCCUCCCCCAAGAGCGUUUGUACUGUCCUCGAGCAACCUGUGGGAAAUGGAUACACCCGAAGAAGAAAGGGUCACGUCCAGGCACUCAAGUUUGUCCUUAUUGCCGGGCAAAGGUUUGCUCUAAUUGCCGCGACUUUGCACAUAGUCCCUGGCCAUGUUCGGAAGAUGAGAACGUGAGGGCUGUUUUGAGGAUGGCGAAGGAGAACAAAUGGCAACGAUGUGCCCGGUGUCACUUUGUAGUUGAGAAGGUGGAUGGGUGUAACCACAUUUCUUGUUUAUGUGGAAAUCAAUUUUGCUAUAUGUGUGGUGGCCAACAUGGGAGAUGCAAAUGUUCUACAGGUGAACAGGGGGAAGAACUAGCAGGAAAUGGGGACCUGGAUGUCAAUACACUUGUCGCUGCAAUGGAGCAGGCGGAUGUCGAACGUCUGGACGGAAGAAGAGACGGGGGACAUGCGGCGUGUUGA